AUGGACGGCUGGGAUAACACGACCAAAUCCACGGUUCAAAAGAUCCCGCUGCUGACCGUUAAAGCAGGCCCGCGAGAUGAUCAAUGGAAGCAGCGACUCAAGGAGGAGUUUCAGGCGUUGAUCGAGUACGUGAAGAUGAACAAGGCGCGCGACAACGACUGGUUCCAGCUCGCACCUGCUAAUGCCGAGGGGACCAAGUGGAAGGGCAAAUGCUGGUACGUGUACAAUCUGAUCAAGUACGAGUUCGACCUGCAGUUUGACAUCCCCGUCACCUACCCUGCCACCGCUCCAGAGCUAGAGCUGCCAGAGCUGGAUGGCAAGACAGCCAAGAUGUACCGGGGAGGAAAGAUUUGUCUCACGAUACAUUUCAAGCCUCUGUGGGCAAAGAACAGUCCUCGGUUCGGGAUAGCCCAUGCGCUGUGCUUGGGCCUUGGGCCGUGGCUGGCAGCAGAAGUGCCGUUCCUCGUGGACUCCGGUGUGGUUCGCCCCAAAGAUGCCACAACAAUAAAGCCGCCGCCCAAUGCUUGA